AUGUUUUCAGGUCAGCCGGAUGCGGGUCUAACCAGGGAUUAUUCUCAUUCGACGCUACAUCGUUUCAAGAAGCCUGGCAGCAAAAACUACAUGAACAUUUAUCCACCAAGCUGCACCCUUCAUCUGUCGAACAUUCCACCGAACAUUUCCGAACAAACCCUGACUGAAGCAUUCGAGUCGAACGGCUUCACGGUGAAAGCGUUCAAGUUCUUCCCGAAGGAUCACAAGAUGGCGCUGUGCCAACUGGAGGACGUCGAGACGGCCAUCGACGCGCUGAUCGCCAUGCAUAAUCACAAACUGGCCGAGAACGCUCAUCUGCGGGUCUCGUUCUCCAAAUCCGGAAUCUAG